AUUGUGUUGACUGUGUCGUUUAAAAAGAAAGCAGUACGUCAUAAUGAAGGUUCGCGCUUUACGCGCUCGACGUCCUCGAGGACGAUCCAGCAGCUGCUCUUACCGAAAACUCUCAUCAAAAGGCCAACAGUGCGAAAAGUUUUAGACGCCUACCUCACGAAGAUGCAUCCAUCGCCGGUUCUGCAAAAACGCGAAAGAAUUGUUGAAUACAAAUCUCUUCGGAUCGAGGCAGAAAACUGCGUUCUGCUUUUGAACUGCAGAAGCACAAUUGCUUUGUCGCAGGCGCAGAAAUAUCAAAACAGUUAUCACAUGCAGCCGCAGAAUCCGUUCAAGAUCGAUCUGGUAGACAAGAUCGUGAAAUCGGUGAUGAACAAUCGUUUGGACGAGGUCGCGUACGACGAUGCGGAGGCCACAAAAUUAUGCGGCGACAUUGCCGCGGAGAUACGGCGACGCGUGAAGAAGCUUAACUUCGACAGACAUAAAAUUAUUGUCACGGUUACAAUAAUCGAAAAGGCCAGUCAAUCCGUAGAAACCACACUCGGCUUCCUAUGGGACAACGAGAGAGAUAAAUACUCCGCUUUUUCCUUCGAGGGUCGCACUUUUCAUGCUCAGUGCAGCGUCUUCGGUGUUUAUUAUGAAUAA